UUUUACAGAAAUGGAAAAUCUUCCCAAAAUAUGUGUAGAUACUACUGAUGCGUUUAUGACGACGGAAAGAUUUGGUACACGAGAAGAGGUUAUCAGAUGGAUUAAAGAGGUUGGAAUCGACAAUAAAGUAACUGUUAUUAUCAGUCGUUCAGAUACUGAAACGGGGAAGAGAGGGAGAAGUAACAAAAUAAUAUUUGGCUGUGAUAAAGGUGGGAAACACAAGAUUAGUGAUAGUGGUACCCAAAGUGCGUCCAAGAAAUGUGGAUGUCCAUUUAAAAUCAGGUCGACUCCGGCGAAAGAUGGAUCUGGUUGGAAGAUUGAUGUAAAAUGUGGGUUACAUAAUCAUGGUUUACCUGAUAGAUUAGAAGGUCAUUCGUUUAUUGGUAGGUUGACCACAGAUGAGAAGCAACAUGUCGCUGAUUUGGCAAAGAGACAUGUAGCACCUAGAAACAUUUUGCUUUCCUUGCAAGACAAGUUUCCUGAGAAUGUCACUCGUAUUACGCAAGUAUACAAGCAUAAGAGUGUGAUAGAAAAAGAGAUAAGAGGUCCAAGGAGUGAGAUACAACAUCUGUUUAAGCUUAUUGAGGAUGCAGGAUAUGUGUAUUGGAGUAGAAAAAAGGAUGACUCGGAAGUGGUGAGAGAGAUAUUUUGGGCACAUCCUGAUUCAGUGAAGUUGUUGAAUAUAUUUCCGAUUGUGUUAGUUAUGGAUAGCACCUACAAGAUAAACAAAUAUAGACAACCUUUGUUUGAAAUUGUUGGCAUGACAUCGACUGAGUUGACUUUUACUGUUGGAUUUGCAUAUAUGGAGUCUGAGCAAACAGAGAAUUUUUGCUGGGUAUUGGAGAAAUUAAAAGAGUUGUUUGUGAAGAAAGACAUGUGUCCACAAGUGAUUUUGACAGAUAGAGAUCUUGCUUUGAUGAAAGCAAUUGAAGUUGUGUUUCCCAACUCGAUUAAUUUGCUAUGUAGAUUUCACAUUAACAAAAACGUUGGUGCCAAAUGCAAACAACAUGUGGUGAAUGACCUGCAAAAGACGAUAGACACAUUAUGGAUGGAAGUUGUCUGGGCUAGUGAUGAGGUUGAGUAUGGUCAGCGGUUGCAUCAACUUGAGCAAGCAUGUGUUGAUUAUAGUGGAUUUAUUAAUUAUGUGAAAGACACAUGGUUGACUCCACAUAGGCAUAGAUUUGUUGGAGCAUGGAUUAAUCGAGUCCUACAUUUGGGUAACACAACGACUAAUCGGUACGUCUUAUAAUUUUAUAUUUGAUAUUUUUUUUAUGUUUUUUGAUGUGUUAUUUUCAAUAUCUGAUAUUUUUAAUACUUGAUAUUUUCAAUAUCUAAUGGUAUUUUUUAUAUCUGAUAUUUUUAGGGUUGAAUCUGCUCAUUGGAAGUUAAAGCAGAUGUUAGGAAACAGUAUAGGUGACAUGGUCAAAUGUUGGGAAGCCAUGAAUAACAACUUGAGGUUACAACUGGGAAACAUUAGAGCUUCAUUUCAAAAGAGUUUUUACGAAGUUGAGAACGCGCACGUAAGUCCCUUUUAUGGUUAUUUGUGUGGUUCCGUAUCUCGAGCUGCUUUGAGACGUAUUGGUGAAGAGUUAUUGAGAGUUGAUUAUGUUGGAACUAACAGGCAAAUAUGUGGUUGUACUCUUAGAACAUCUUAUGGGUUACCUUGUGCUUGUGAGUUAGGAAGAUACAUAGUAGGUGGUAUACCGAUACCCAUUGAUGCUGUUCAUGUUCAUUGGAGGAAACUAACUAUGGAAGUUGAGUUAGAGAUAGGUGAAGAUGAUGGAUCAGAGGUGGAUAUGACAGCUGCAAUGGAUGAGUUGUGGAGACGAUUUAGGUCAUUAGAUGUUGUUGGGAAAAGGGCAUUAAGGAGUAGGGUAUGUGAACUAGCAUACCCAACAAUGACAACAUUGUGUCCACCACCUGAGAAAAUAAAAACCAAAGGAGGAGUGAAGAAGAAAGGGAAAAAACCAGCAGAUUAUGAUGUUUAUAGGGACCCUUCGUAUCAUGAGUAUGUUGAUAAGGCAUCUCAAUCUUCACAAAGGCAAUCUCAACCAUCACAGACUUCGAAGAAGAUCAAAUUAUCAAAGAAGCAACCACAAUUCAUGGUUCACAGCCACCUGAAAAAUGGAUGAGUCUACCAGAUAUGGGUUACUUGAUAGCGAAUCGUUAUAAUGUUGUACUUGUCUGUUUAGGCAAUCCGUGCAUCACUUUCUUUCCGAUGACAAGUUCACAUUCACCAAAUGUCUCUAUUUAUUGCAUUGGUUUUGUUAACCAGAAUCAUUGGGUUCAGGUUAACAUGAAAGAGGGGUUUCCAUUGCCACCGGUCACAUUAGAUUGGAAGAAAUUUCGUUCUCAUAUAGCAACUACUUGGAUGCUAGGAUUUGCAGGACGUAUGCAACAUUGGCAAUUACUUACACCUGUAUUAGCAUGAUUAUGUAAUCAAAACAUAAAUAUGUAAUCAAAACAUGAAAUCUAUAUUAUUAUGUCUAUUAUAUUCAAAGCUUAAUACAUAUAAUCAAUGUGAACGAGAAA